CACGACAGUCACCAACGACACGGGAAUCAGCCAAGUAUUCCGGGAUAUCUUCCCAUGUGUGCUCUCCAUUGUAAUCUCCCUCCCCUGGCUUUGCUUGAAGGAACGCACAGCCUUUCAAAUCAUGCCCUGGAUGGCCGCAUCUACAACAAACGCCGUCAUUGCGACGCUGCCUCCAGAGCCAGUCCGGGAUGUUACACUUCUGGCUGAGGCGGAGCUUUGGCUUCGUCGGGAUCUCCAUGGUGGAGAACUUGUAAGCGGCGCAGUCAUUCCAGUCCUUCUUGCCAUCGAGAUCAUCGUAGAGCGCGCAAUCCUGGAGUCGGUGGCUAGGGUGGCCGCAACGGAGACAAACUUGGCACGCCUUGCGAUGCUCCCACAACUCAUACGAGAUUCCCCAGCGACGACCACCACGGUCGCGAUAGAAACUGUGCUCCUUUUUCUGGGCGGGCGCGGCUUGGUCUGGUAUCGGAGUCUCCGUCGGUGCAGUGGGCUGCUUCAUGAUAGCCUCCCCGGCGGACAUGUCGUCCUGACCGUCAGCUUGGUCCCCAUUCUGGUCGGCAUCAGAAGCGUUCCUUUUGUUCUUGUUCUUGUUCUUCUUUUUCUUUUUGCGACCUGAUGUCUCAGCUAGCUCUUCCUCCGUGGGUGGGAUAAUCACGACAGGUUCCCGCUCUUCGGUGUACUUGAGGCAAGAAUGCUGGCCUUUCUCAAUCUCACAAACCUCCAUAGGAAAGUAGGUAGGGCCCCCGGAUUUCCUGACAACGACGCAAGCCAAGCCUGGAUGAUCCAAUUUCUUUCCCCAGCGACUCUCGAAGUAAUCGGCCA